GACCGAAGCAUAAGGUGAAACAAGGCACUGGCGCUUUGGGCCAUUUGGUUAAUUUGGGCCCAUCGCCCACGACGUCCGCGAUCGCGCCGCUCCCGUACCCCCGCGUCCCGUCGCCGUAUUCCCCGAGGGAGCAGAGACGCAUGCUGGCCACCGACAAGAGCGCCAAGUGGAAUCAUGGCAACCCCCAUGACAUGGAGGCCAACGUCCCGCUCUUUGAGCGCGAGCGCCGGCAGGACUCGCAGAUGGUCAUGCGUCUGCAGAAUGAGCUCCAAGACACAAAGAAGGCGCUCGAGGCGCAGACGCGCCGCCACAACGACCUCGAGUACGUCAACGAGGACCUCGAACGCCGGCUCGAGAUCGAAGCCCGCGAGCGCAUCAACAUGGAAGCCAGUCGCGCGGAAGACGAGCGCAAGUGGGAGACGGAGCGCGCGCGGCUCCAAGAAGAAGCGCGCAUGUGGGAGCGCAAGUGCGACGAGGAGGCCCGCAGACGUGCCGUCAUUGAAGAGCGCCUACGCCGGUCCGACAAGGAGCUCUACCGCAUGCUCCAGAAGAAGUACGAUAUUGAAAAGGCCGUUCGGCGCGAAGAGAGCGAGAAGCGCAAGCACGAAGUGCUGAUUGUCCGCUCGAUGGAGACGCAGCGCCGGGCGUCCAACACGAGCAUGCACGCGAGCGGCAGCGCCUAUUUAACACCAUCGUCCCACCACCCACCGUCGUCGUCGUCGACCAACCCGAGCGAGGCCAAGCCCGCGGCCGUCCGCGCGCGUCAGGCGCUCGCGUCGGCGUUCGACUUUUUCGGCUUGUAACAUCAUCUUGCAAUCAAAAAUUACUCAGAAUUCGUCCACAC